CUGAGAGGAACGCGGGAGCUGAGAAACCGGCAUUCGGCGCGUCCAGACAGUCUCAGGUUCGUGGUUCCGAGGCGCGGCGCGCCUUGGAGCUUCCGGGCUGCUUUCCCCAGCCGCUGUGCCGGCCGCCCGCUGCCUCCGUGACCGAAGUGGCCGUCUGCCGGCCCGGUGCCAGAGAAGAUGACAGAAGAACUGGAGCUGCUGGGGCAGGACUCUGAUGGGAGCAGUGAGGAGGUGGUCCUGACCCCUGCAGAGCUCAUUGAAAAGCUGGAGCAGGCUUGGCUGAAUGAAAAAUUUGCCCCUGAGCUUCUGGAAAGCAAAUCAGAAAUUGUGGAAUGUGUCAUAGAACAGCUGGAACACAUGGAAGAAAAUCUCAGGAGAGCCAAGAGGGAAGAUCUGAAGGUCAGCAUCCACAGAAUGGAGAUGGAGAGGAUCCGCUAUGUCCUUAGCAGCUACUUGCGGUCUCGGCUUAUGAAGAUAGAGAAGUUUUUUCCUCAUAUCCUUGAAAAGGAGAAAACAAGCCAUGAAGGAGACCCUUCUAGUCUUUCUCCUGAAGAGUUUGCCUUUGCUAAAGAGUAUAUGGCUAACACAGAGGCCUAUCUAAAGAAUGUUGCCUUGAAGCAUAUGCCACCUAACUUACAGAAAGUUGACCUCUUGAGGUCAGUUCCAAAACCAGAUCUGGAUUCAUAUGUCUUUCUGAGAGUGAAAGAACGUCAAGAAAACAUACUGGUAGAACCAGAAUCAGAUGAGCAGAGAGACUACGUGAUUGACUUGGAGGAAGGCUCUCAGCACUUAAUCCGAUAUAAAACCAUUGCCCCUCUGGUUGCUUCUGGAGCAGUACAGCUAAUUUAGGACCAAAAAUGAAUAAAUAAGAAUGGAAGGUUCAGAAGCCUCAUACUUUGCUCCGAAAUGCUGCAGAUCCUUUAGGCUCAAGGCAGGAUUCCUAACUUGCCAUUUAGCCUCCUAGUUUUCCUUCAAUUUGGUCAGCAGAGGGAGCUAUUGCUUUAUUUUUCUGUGAACUGAGAAAAUCGGAGACCUGAUUUGUGAUAUUUUCUGAGAUCAGGAAAAUGGGGUAAAGGUAGAUUAUUAAAAAACAUUACUAUUUAUGAUUUUAUCCCUGACAUGAUGAUGUUGGGGGUGGGGGGACCUCAGUAAGGGGUGUGUGUUUAUGUAACCUGAUGAGAAGAUUAUAGAGAUUAAAGAAACAGCUGUGGUUUUCCUUGAUAAAUUAAUAGACUAUGCAUUAUUAAUCUUUUAGAAUUUCUGAUAUUAGAUUUAGAACCAAUUUCUGUCAUCUGUGACCAAGAAUCAACAGCAUUGUUAAGUUUCAUUUCUGUGGGCUGAAACCAGUUUCCUUCUAUUGCCUGAUGAAGUACAUUCUCCCUGCUGCUAAGCUGCAGCCUGCCCUGCAUCAGAGAGCUUCAUUCACCACACCAGCCUCUUGGCCAUCUGGCCAUCUUUAGGUGCUAUCAUCAGCUGUCCUAUACUGUGACCUCAGUAGCAUCUUUCCUUUUGAAGAUUUUCACUUUCUCAAAGGAAAUGGAAGAUACUGACUGUGGAUGAAGAGUAUGCAUGAAUCCUGAAGAAAGAGUGUAUUUGACAGUGGGUGGAUUGUCUUUCGUUGAAGAAUGAUAAAAAUCAAUCUGCAAUCUAGUGUCCUUUCUUGACAAAAGGGCCAUAGAUUUCAUUUACACGAUUAAGCUGUUGGAAUAAUGUAACAUUGCUGUUAUUUCCAAGAAAAAUAACUAAGUGAAUGUAUAGAAUGUUUUUGUAGCAUUCUUAUAGUGCUUUAUUUUUUUUUCUAGUAUAUUUUUAUCCCCUGUACCAUUUAUUUUAAAAAUAUGUAUUGAGUUUACAGUGUUCUAGUACACACAGUUCAAGGCACCAUGGCACCAAUUGAGAAUAAGACAGUCACUGUUCCUGCUCAUAUGGUGGGUGACAGUUGUCGUACAGAGAAGUAGCUACAUUGGGUGAUUUGAGAAGUUCUUAUUGAAUUUAGUGAAUCUCAUUAAGUUAGUCUGAGAGUUAAAUAAUCAGGAGUGAGACAAAAGAGCUUUCUAGGCAAAGUAAACAACUUGUGUAAAGUCCCUAAAGCAGAUAAAUCCUCUUUAUGGUUGGUCUGCCUAGGAACACCAUGGAUAAAAUGGAAACUGGUACAAGCUAACUUAUGAGAGAGGCAGCCUAACCAGAUCACUUAGAGCUCUUUUAGCAAGGAUCCCGUUUUCUCUUCACACUGGUCGUGAGAAGAGACAAGCCUGACCAAUAUAAAAUGCUUGGGAAACAAUAAAUAGUUAAACUAUAAGUCUGAGACCAGACUGAAGUUUCUUUUCUUCUCACCUGUUUACCUGCUUUCUCCAUUGCCCUCAUUGUGCUAAGUGCUAGGAGAGGAAUGUGGAAUAUUAUGUUCUUAUCUGCAAACAACAGUGCUCCUUUAAUAGACACAGUGAUUGCCUAGAGGUCUUACUAAGAUACAGAUUCUUGUUCCAAUCUUGGGGUGGGGCAGAAAACUUUUGCAUUCCUGAGGAGCUGAGCUAAGGGUCUAUCUCAAUCUUUCUAUCUUCAGUCACCAGGUCCUGUCCUGUGCAUGCAAGGCUGCACAAAAGUCACUACUAAAGCCAGCCACAGUGUCAAAGUCAAGGGGCCAGACCAGUGAGAGCAAUCUGCCCUGUAUUGGUUUUGUUGAGUUACUUUUUUCAGCUGGGCGGUGGCUUUGGGGUAUGGAAGUGACUGCUGAGGCUUUUGGAGGUACAGGGAGGUGGGGAGAGAACCCAUCCUGACCCCGAGAGAGCCUGGAGAUUUCAGUCACAAAACCUGCUUACCCAAAUUUUCAGCAGAUAAAUAGCUCAGUGAGGUCUGUCCCAAGACAGUAGAGUCUGUAGGGGAACAGCAGUGAUUUUGGAUUGUGGGAACAAGGGGCUUCCGGGAGCUCUGGGUGGGCCCCAGCAAACCCACUCCUCUACAGUCUGCCCCAGUCUGUUAAGCCUUAUAUAGGUUCCAGAUUAACUGCGACUUUUGAUCUCUUUUGAGAUAUAUUUAUGGGUCUCUGAAGCGAGGCCAAUAAAAGAGUUUACAUAGUGGUGCUAGAGUUUAAAUAGGGUAUUUACAAUUUUAUAUGGGUAGAAGUUUAUGGGAAACUGAUAGAAAUGUAAUAUUUAUAUU